AUGGAUAUUGAUUGGAAGUUGCAUAAAAGGAUCAUCAAUUUCAGAAAAAUCACUACCCAUAAGGGUAUUGACAUAGGCAAGACUAUAUGUGCUUGCAUGAAGGCUCGGGGGUUUGAAAAGGUGUUUAGCAUUACCGUUGAUAAUUCUUAUGCAAAUGAUGGAGUAGUUGUGUAUGUAGGAAAUAGGCUUAAGGAUUUCAAUGAUCUUUUGCUUGAUGGGAAGUAUCUGCACUUGAGGAUGGUGACUGAAAAUCAAACUUUUCAAGCUUACUUUGAGGAGAUAGAGAAGGAUGAGAUGAAGAGAGUGGGUCCUCCGAGUAAUGAAGAUUGGGAGAAGUCAAUCUUCUUUGUUCACUUUCUUAUGAAAUUCUAUUACACAACCUUGAAACUAAGUGCAACGAAAAUGGUUACAUCCAAUUUAAUUUUCCAUGAUUUGGCCGAUUCUAAUAAGAAAGAUGAGGUUGUGAGAGAAGUGAGAACAUGCUUGUUCAACUUGUAUCAUGGGUAUAGAGGGGUAGAUGCCUUAGUGAGCCAACCAAUGAAUGAAGGCCAAGAUGAAAAUUUUGCAAAUGAGGUUGAAGGCUAUGAUGAUGUUCAAAUUAAAAUGUUCCAUCUACUUGUGCAACAAAGGAAGGAGGAAAAACUUGUGGAAACAUCCAAUGAAGUUGAUAAAUACUUCAUCAAUCCUUUUGAAAGCCCUUUUAGCAAGACUUUAAACUCUUGA